AUGCUCGCUGUGAUGAACUACCCUCCCCAUCUUGGUCUCUGCACGCGCGCUUGUGCUCCAGGCAUCUCCGAUGCACCACUGCCGUCAGAAGACGAAGAAGCCCCCGACGAGGAGGAGGGGGGUUCCAACGAGGCGGGCGCCGAUGCUGCGGCGGAAGAGGAGCCGGGGGACGGGGCCGAAUCAGGGAGCUUCACAGACGAAAAGCCUCCAAAAUCCCCCGCGAGCCUGUAUAGCAGGAACGACGCCCCCGUUCAACUGGUCCUGAGCAUCGACACCAUUGGGCAGGGGCGGUGCUUCAACUCGAGCGAUAUCCUAUGGGCCAAGUCUUGGGCGGCGAAAGUGAAGGCCAACGUUGAAGCCCUCGAGUGUCGCAUGUUUGAGGACGAAGCGGCGCUUAUCCCGUCGUUGCGAGGGAGCGAGGUGACCGAUCUUGUGGCGAAGGUCACGGAAGGCGAGGAAACUGCUGUUGCGGAGGCGCUGGCCCUGCUGGAGCCCGGUACCCCGGAGGCCGAGAAGGACAGAGUAACCAAGACUAUUCAGUACCGCAUCAAGACGAAGGCGGUGGAGGCUGUCGGAGACCUAGUGAGCCUAAUGGGGGAGCUCAACCUCGCCCCCCCGGUAGCCGUUCUCGACGUUCUAGAGCGCGUGUUGCUCCUGGUCGGCAAGGAUAGGGCUGAUCUGUGUGAUUCCAGGGGUACCUUGGACUGGGUAGCCAAGAUGCGGAUGGUCGUGAGUACGGAGCUUGUGCCGGCCAUCUCGGCCUUCAAUGCGGAGGACCCAGCCUCCGCGGUGCGAGCCGGAGAGGCAAAGGAAGCCGUGGAAUCGAUGGACGCAGAGAGUGUGAAGGCCUCGAACGUCCCCGCGCUGGUACUCCUGGAGUGGAUGUCCAGCGCCAUCACCGAGGCGGAGGAUGCGGCAGCGGCGGCGGCGGCGGCGGAAGCGGCGGCGAUUGCAGCGGCGGAGCAGGCGGCGGCGGAAGCCGCGGAAGCCGCGGAAGCCGCAGAAGCCGCGGAAGCGGCCGCUGCCACUGCGGAAGAGGAGGGCGAAGAGGACUGACGAAAGGAAAAUUGACAGCAAUACUAGCCAAACGGGGAAGGGAAGGGGGAUGUGGUAAGGUUGGGCAGGGUGGGGGGUCUUGCCGCGAACGACCACAAGUGUUCACAACAACGGCGGGGGGGACAGUUCUAUCGGGGGUACGUGAGUUGUAUCAAUCGGUUUGGUCAACCCAAGAGUCCAAGAAGCACUGCGAAAGAAAGUGGAGCAACGGCUAUACGGCGGUCGUCCCGGAGCAUGGGUUGGUGGGUGUUUGGGUGUACCGAGCGUGCUAGAGCAUUUAUUUGACUUGUGGAUUUGUUCUCGAAGAACCCACCAAGUAGAAAACUGAACUGGUGACACGUCGUUAUGAAUCAAGGUCCGCAAUUCGCACUUACU